AUGGCCUCUGACAAGACUUCCCAGCUCUUCUGGCUCCAGUACGGCGAUGCCAUCCGACAGAAGGUCGGAGUUGGAAGCGGCGACAAGAUCUUCUUCCUGGCAACCGAAACCCAGAAGGGUCCUCUGGCUGGCAAUAACGUCCCUGACGCUUACACCGCCCAGGGGUUGUACAACAUCGGUAACAACUUGUUGUCCACCAACAACGUCUUCUACAGCCCUUCUGCUUUCCAUGGGUACGACGAGGCAAUCGGCCGCUACCUGACCUGGGUAGAGCUGGGAGGAAAAUCCAACCCUGCUUUGGAUUCCGCUUACCUGGAUGCCGUGAAGAAUCAGGCCGCCUUCCAGAAGUCCUUUGACAACGAACAAGACAGCGCCCACGCGCGAUGGAGGAAAGACACUGACUACGGCUUGACCGAUAAGUCAUUCAAGGUCUGGGUCGAGAGCGGCAAAGCUCCCGCUUGGCAGGCUGCGAAGGACCGCGUCGACAGCAUCUCCCAGACGAUUACCAAUCUUCAGUUGCAACAGGAUGGCCCCAUGUCUGUCAUCGUCAAGGAAGAUAGAGACAGACUCCGCAAGGGCAAGAACGAGGAUACGGACUUUGACGGAUACAACAUGCAUGCUGCAAGCGGCAAUGUUCUCAGCACUGCAGAGCUCACCCGGAAAUUUCUCUCGGGCGAGACGAUCCCUGAACCCCCUUUCCACCGCCGGCCUCUGUACGAAGCCGGAUCCUACAAGCAAUUCGUGCAGGAUGCCAUGCAGAAGGCUACCAGCAGCGACUACAGCUCACCCCAGAGGAUCGACGUCAACAUCGACACUGGGAAGACCACGGCCGACUACAACUUUGGACAGACAAAGGGCGGCGCCAACGUUGGUGUCAGUAACGGUUGGUUCUCUUUCAACGCCGGCGCCAGCCACUCUUCAGAGUCCAGCACCCUGCAGCUUGGCUCCGAAUCUUCCCAAGUCCAGGUUGCCAUCACCUACAACGACCUACAAGCCAUUACCAUCACCACUGGCGCAUGGAACGUGGAUGUAAGCAAGUACAAGCUCCGCUCCGAUGCACCCCAGGAAGUCAAGAGUCUCGCCAGAGUAAGCCAGAUCAUCGUCAUCGCCGGCCUAGGCUACGAGAUCAAGGUCGGCGCCUCGACCGCCGAGAUCCUCGACACCAAGCUCAAGCAGACCACGAGCGCCGGGGGCAGCAUCAGCGUCUUUGGCAUCCCCAUCGGUCUGGGCGGCAGCGGCAGCAGCACGAAGGAGAACCAGACGCACAAGACGAGCUGGGACAAGGCCAGCCGCACCUUCAAGGUCGUCCCCAACUUUGACAACAACUGCGCCACCGUCGUCGGUGUCGUCGCCGAGCCGUUCCAGAUCAAGGCGUAG